GCCACGAAUUAUUCGUAGUUUUUCCGCAACAGCUCUAUGUUGAACAACAACUUCACUAUUAAACGACCGCGUUCCAGUAGAUCCCGUCUUCACAGGCCCCCGCGCCCGCGCCGUCUAUUCUUCUUUUGCCAGUAUAUCCUUCUUAAUUUUCAAAAUCUUCCAGACGCUCAAGCUUUUUUUCUGUAAACGAGCAAGAGGACAAAGAUUUUCGUAUCAGCAAGAAGGAAGUUCUGUAAGUUUAACAAAAUAGCGUUUGCGGCGCCUCAGAAUCUCGCGAAAUCCGAAGGUCAAGGUUUCGGUUUAAGUAAUCGAAGCCGUUGAAGUUGAGAUAGAUGGAGAUUAGCGGAGGAACAGAGGGCUUGAGUCGCGUUCCUUUAUCAGAAGUUGUUUCUGAUUGCGCCAAAAGAUGGUUUAAGGACACUUUGAAGGAGGCCAAAGCCGGCGACAUCAACAUGCAGGUCUUGGUGGGACAAAUGUAUUAUAGCGGUUAUGGGAUUCCUAGAGAUGCUCAGAAGGGAAGAAUUUGGAUGACAAAAGCAUCAAGAAGUCGAUCGUCUGUCUGGAAAGUUAGUGAUAAACAUCCAGGUUAUAAUGCUAGUGAUUCCGAUUCGGAUGAACUGACUCGUGAUUCUUAACUACACCAAUGUUGCUGAUUCCUCUAUGUUAUGUCAAAACAGCUGCUGUAUGUGCUUUUCACCGUGGAGACUCAACUACUUGCUCAGCCAUGUGUGUAGCUGCGAAGAACUUGUGUACUUGCUUCCUGAUUGUUGGAUUUGACGGAUGUAAUAUGCUUUGAUUUCUACAAACAAUCUUAUAUCCAUUUUUUCAUUUUCUGUUUAGGUUACUUGCCACUUUUCAUUGUCUGCGGGAGAUUUUCAUUUGAUUUUUGCAUAAAUGUCAAAAUUUGAACUUUUUAGCUGCUCUUUCAAAUUCCCUGUCAAGAACACUAAGCCUUUCCAAGCA